AUGGUGUCGACGGAGGAGAGCGCGCCGUCGUCUCAGGCUGGAAGAGGAGGGAAGGCCUCGAACAACAAACUCGCAAUCAACGAGAUUUUGUGCCCUCUCAUCAGGUUGCUGCGGUCAAAGGACAAUGAGUGGUACAUUUGCAAGCACAGAGAUGUACACAUCCAUGAACUAUCGGCAUCUUUCGGAGAGAGGGCGCAUUGGCCGUCGCACAGACACAUACAUAGCUACACAAAGGAUUUGAUUAAGCAGCUGAGGGAGAACAACGUCAACCUUGGGAAGGUGUACAUCAUCAUAGGGAGCUUCUUCGGAAAAAUGGAGAACAUACCUUUCACGAAAAGGGCAUUGAAGACUUUGUGUGGCCAGAUUAGUAGCGAGCAGGCGGAUGACGAUGUCAGGAAGACAAUAGAAGUGUUCUCCGAGAUGGGGGCUGCGGAUCCCGAAUUCACUUAUAGCGUGCAAGUGGAUGACGACAGGAGGAUAAUAAACCUGCUGUGGACUACAGGGAAGGGGAGGGCUCAGUACCAUUAUUUCGGUGAUGCAAUCACAUUUGACACCACAUACCGAACAAAUGUUUAUGACAUGCCUUUUGGUUUAAUUGUGGGUGUUAACAGCCACUUCCAGAGUGUCAUAUUCGGUGGUAUUCUGCUAAGGGAAGAAAAGAUCAGUGUAGAGCGAUGGAAGUAG